AGUGUUUACGUUCGCUUUCAGUCCUACUACUUUGACCGUGACGAUGUGGCCUUGAAGAACUUUGCCAAGUACUUUCUCCACCAAUCUCACGAGGAGAGGGAGCAUGCCGAGAAGCUGAUGAAGUUGCAGAACCAGCGCGGUGGCCGCAUCUUCCUUCAGGACAUCAAGAAACCAGACCGCGACGACUGGGAGAGCGGGCUGAACGCGAUGGAGUGCGCCUUACACCUGGAGAAGAGCGUGAACCAGUCACUCCUGGAGCUGCACAAGCUGGCCACUGAGAAGAAUGACCCCCACCUGUGUGACUUCCUCGAGACCCACUACCUGGACGAGCAGGUGAAGGCCAUCAAACAGCUGGGUGACCACGUGACCAACCUGCGCAAGAUGGGGGCCCCCCAGGCCGGCAUGGCGGAGUACCUGUUCGACAAGCACACCCUGGGGGACGGCGAGGACAGCUAAGCCGGGGCUGGCCUCAGCCGGGUAGCACAUGCAUGUUGGGGUUACCCUUGCUUUUUCUAGAAGUUGUACCAAGACAUCUACUUAAGUUCUUUAAUUGCUUCAAAUAAAGGAAUUGGUACCCAGCUA